AUGUCAUCAAGAAGAAGAAAGCAGAAACUGAUCAAAUGGAGCAAACUGUACACAUUCUCAUGCUUAAGGCCAACUACCGACGAAUCUGCGCCCACCGCGCAUCUUAUUGGCCAGACAGGUUUUUCUCGUGUCGUGUUCUGUAACGAACCUCAUCUUCACAAAACAAAGCCGUAUAAGUACCCGAACAAUUAUGCAUCCACGACUAAGUACAAUCUUGUCACCUUUUUUCCGAGAGCUCUUUUCGAGCAAUUUCGUAGGGUUGCAAAUUUGUACUUUCUUCUAGCAGCUAUUCUCUGUCUCACUCCGUUAAACCCUUUCAAUCGAGCUAGCGUGAUAGCGCCUCUCGUUUUCGUUAUCGCUUUUUUUGUUUUUGUUUUGCAGGACAGAGAAGUGAACUCGAGAAAGGUGAAAGUUCAUGUGGGAAACGGUUUAUUCGAGCAGAAAUCAUGGGAAUCUUUGCUUGUGGGAGAUAUUGUAAAAGUAACGAAAAACGAGUAUUUUCCGAGUGAUCUUCUUUUGCUUUCUUCGAGCUAUGAAGAUGGUCUUUGCUAUGUUGAGACGAUGAAUCUUGACGGGGAGACAAAUCUAAAGCCUAAAAGAACCUUAGAAGCAACACUUUGUUUGUACGAGGAUAUUGACUUCUGCAAGUUCAAAGGCACGAUUCGCUGCGAAGAUCCAAAUCCGAGUCUUUACACAUUUGUGGGCAAUUUGGAUUUGGAUAAAGAAUCACACCCCCUUAGCCCAUCUCAAAUUCUUCUACGAGACUCGAAGCUUCGAAACACGGAAAAAAUCUACGGUGUGGUAAUCUUCACCGGACCAGACACGAAAGCAAUCCGAAACUCCACUAAAUCUCCCUCCAAACGCAGCAGAGUCGAACGAAAAAUGGACCGUGUGAUAUACCUUCUUUUCGCGAUGUUGCUUUUGAUUUCUUUAAUCUCUGCAUUUGGCUCUUCGUUAUUUACGAUGUCUGAAAAUCAUAAAGGGUGGUACCUUCGUUUGAACGAUCAUGUUGACCCUUUGUCCAAUCCAGAGGACCCCACAUUUUCCGGGCUUCUACAAUUCGUGCGCGCCCUUGUUCUGUACGGAUAUUUAAUCCCGAUUUCUCUAUAUGUCUCCAUUGAAGUUGUAAAAGUCUUGCAAGCUGUGCUGAUUAAUAAGGAUAUUUCAAUGUACGAUGAAACGACGGGGAAGGCUGUAAAAGCAAGAACUUCGAACUUAAACGAGGAGCUUGGACAGGUGGAGAUGAUUUUAUCCGAUAAAACGGGCACUUUAACUUGCAACCAAAUGGAAUUCAAGAAAUGCUCGAUCGAAGGUAUUUCGUACGGUGGCGAAGUGACCGAAGUUGACCUGGCAGCUUCUAGAAGAAUGAACAUUGAUGUUGAGAGGCACAGGUUCAGUUUGGACGGCUCAGAUUCGACGGGGCGGAGCGUCGAGAUGUUUGAUCUUUCGACAGGCGGCGGCGGAGGAACGGAGAAGGACGUUUUGGGAAUUUCGAGAAUUUCUAAUUCGAGGAAAGAUUUUUUCGUGAAGGGGUUUAACUUCAGAGAUGACAGGCUUAUGGACAAGCUGUGGAUUUAUAAUCGGUCUAAUGUAAAUGACAUGAUCAUGUUUUUUAGAGUGAUGGCUCUUUGUCAUACCGGAAUUCCUAUCGAAGAAAACGGACAAGAAAAUAAGUUAAUGUACGAGGCUGAGUCACCCGAAGAGGUCUCGUUUCUUAUUGCAGCGCGAGAGUUUGGUUUUAAGUUUUGCCAAAGAACUCAGUCAACUAUGGUUCUUCAAGAACUCGACCCUUCUUCGGGUUCGGAGGUUAAAAGAGAGUACAAGCUUUUGAAUCUACUGGAGUUCAAUAGCUCAAGAAAGAGAAUGUCGGUCGUAGUAAGAAACGAAGAGGGCGAGAUUUUCCUCUUCUGCAAAGGAGCUGAUGAGGUUAUUUUUGAUAGGCUAGCCGAUAACGGUAGAACGUAUCAACAGGCUACGGUUAUGCAUCUUUCGAACUACGGGGAAGAUGGAUUGAGAACGAUGGUGUUUGCGUACAAAAAAAUAGAUGAGCUCGAAUACGAGAAGUGGAAUACGGUGUUCACGAAAGCUAAGGCUGUUGUAGGUGAAGAAAGAGAAGAGUUACUUGAGAAUGCCUCUGAAUUGAUUGAGAAAGAUUUGAUUUUGUUAGGUGCUGUAGCUGUUGAAGAUAAAUUGCAGAAGGGGGUUCCUGAAUGUAUAGAUAAACUGGCACAAGCAGGCUUGAAAAUCUGGCUUCUAACUGGUGAUAAAAAGGAAACAGCAGUAAAUAUAGGAUUUUCUUGCAGUUUACUGCGGCAUGAUAUGAAGCAGCUUCAUUUGUGCUCGAGUCAAGAAUCUUCGUCUAGUCAGCAAAUGAAGGAUGUGAAAAAGGAGAUUAUGUACCAAUUACAAAGCUACAACAAAUUGAUCACCGAAGAAAACAGAGACGACUCGCCUUUCGCUUUGGUGGUAGACGGAAAAGCUCUUGAACUAAGUUUAGGAAAUGAUUUGACGAAACAAUUCUUGUCUGUUGCUAUGAACUGCGACGUUGUCAUUUGCUGCCGUGUCUCUCCCAAACAGAAAGCUCUGAUUACACAAAGGGUUAAAGAGUACUCCGGCAAGACAAUUCUUGCAAUUGGCGAUGGCGCUAAUGAUGUUGGCAUGAUUCAAGAAGCUGAUAUUGGCGUUGGAAUUAGUGGCAUGGAAGGAAUGCAGGCGGUAAUGGCAAGCGAUUUUUCGUUGCCUCAGUUCCGUUUCUUGGAGAGACUACUAAUAGUUCAUGGGCAUUGGUGUUACAAGAGGAUUUCUAAGAUGAUUCUUUACUUUGUGUACAAGAACAUAGCAUUUGGCCUCACACUAUUCUACUACAACACUUUCACCGGUUUCUCAGGGCAAGACUUAUACGACGACUGGUAUAUGGUCAUGUUCAACGUACUCUUAACAUCUUUGCCAGUUAUAUCUCUCGGUGUGCUCGAGCAAGAUGUUUCAUCGGACAUUUGUCUAAAGUUUCCAGCACUAUAUCAGCAAGGACAAAGAAACAUCUACUUCAGUUGGAAGCGAAUAAUCGGUUGGAUACUAAACGGGGUUUUAGCUUCUUUAUCCGUCUUCACAUUAAACAUAUGCAUGUUUUCGUCUUCAGCUCUAGACAGAAACGGAAACAUAGGAGACAUCGAACACAUCGGCACAAUCACAUACACGUGCGUAAUCUGGACGGUCAACUGCCAGAUCGCACUAAUGAUCUCCCACUUCACUUGGAUCAGCCAUUUUCUAAUAUGGGGUAGUAUUUUCAGCUGGUAUGUAUUUCUGUAUCUAUACAGUACACUCCCUUCUACGUACACGUACCGUAUUUUCACGGAGCAGGUGGGGCCCGCGCCCGUUUACUGGAUCGGUACAUUGCUUGUGGUUGCGGUUGCGGUUCUUCCUUACGUGAUCCAUAUCGUGAUCCAACGGUCAUUUUUCCCGAUGGAUGAUCAUAUAAUACAAGAGAUGAAGUAUUCCGGUACCGAUGUUAAGGAUAAUCCGAUGUGGGUGAGGGAGCAGGAGAAAUCGAAGCAGUUGACUCAGGUCGGUUAUUCUGCGAGAGUUGACUCGAAAAUCAGGCAUUUGAAAGAGCAGCUGCAUAGGAAGAGGAAAUCUUUUUACUCUUCUCUUACCAAUAGUCCUAUGUAUAAAACUGUCGUGCGCAGAGAUAUAAAUCCUACUCUACAAUAGUCGAAUUAAGACAUAAUAUAUAUAAAUGUAUGUUUAUUUUGUUUAGGCCAUAUCAAUUAAUUGUUUAAGUACAUAAUAAAUAAUUAAUUCUUAUGUAUCUCAAUCGAUUUUUCGCCUCUCGAAACUGAAAAUUAUAUAGAGAUUUAUUAUUUUACGAGCAGUGUAGCCUUGAUCUUCAUUAGCGACACACAAUAAAUGAAUUCUUGUUUCUUUAAAUUAAUAGGCAACACAAGCAAAAAAAACAGUGAAUAAACAACAAGGAGGAUUUCAUUUGCAUUUUCUGGUUCAAACAAAACAGUAAGUACAAAGAUAAAA